AUGGCCCCGGUUCCGUGGGCGAAGGAUGGCGCAGCGAAAGUGGAUUGGAUGUGUAAGAAGCUCACUCAAGGCGACCUCGGUAGCAGCGCGUCGUUCGCCAAGCUCGAGCGCAGGCUGCUGCAAUUGGAGGCGAAGUACACGUUGCACUUGGCUCCUGACGCGUUGGUGUCGAAGCAGCAGGCCUGCGACAAGCUCGAGAACAAGCUUCGGAGCCUCUCUUCGAUGCGGCCAGAAGCUCCAGUUCGAGUGGUGGACUCCGCAGGCGACCUGGGCAAGCUUGCAAUGUGCCCCAGCAAGCUUGAAGGAGUUACUGAUGCCAAUACGCUUACCCCUCUUCUCGCGAACGGUCUCAAGACCCAGGCAAAGGAGAUCACAUCAGAGCCAGCGGGAACGAAGGCGAAGCAUUGUCCCGUGCAACCUCAGCCACCCCACCCGCAGGAAUCGAACUCUUACAACAUGAAACUCGACGAUUUGCCUAAGGACGUUGAGGAGCUCGUGGGCGGAGGCCUCAGCCGUGAUUUGCUGAACUGCAGCUCGGCGGCUUUGCUGGACAUCAGUGGCGCUGUGUGCUGCAGCGUGGCCCUGUCCCUCAGUGCUGCCUUCGUGAGCUUCAUGGGAGUGUUGUUCGUCGUUGGCGCCGUCUGCGCCAUCGGAUCCCUCGCCUCCGACUUCGUCGAUUGCGAUGGGCGGCCUCGGGCCCCGCUUUUCUUGAGCCGGUACAAGACGGUGCCCGUGAGGCUGGAGACCCCGGUGAGCGAGGUCAUCGAGCUCCUGUGCAAGCGGCUGUCCGCGGGCGGCGGCCGGCACGCCGACCCCGGCAGGAGCUCCGGCCUCGCGAGGGCCCUCGCGGGAGCCACCAGCCGCGAAGCAUGGCCGCCGCUCCUCUUGAGCACUGCGCUCGAGGCCCUGCGUGAGCGCCGGCUCCUGCCCGAGGACCGGCCGCUCUCGAUCCUGGAGGGGGAGAGGCGCCUGCUUCGCCGGCCCGGCGGCGACAAGGACUCGGGCGGAAGCAUGCUCGAGAUGGAGACGCCUGUACCGGAGCGCGCCCGCCCGAGCCAGGACUGCAACCCUGCCUUCAAGUUUGUCUUCCGGGAGGCGCCCGAUCCCGCCCGCGCGGCCUGGCCGGCCACGGACGCGGCCGCGGACGCGGAGGCCGAGGCGACGCAGGAGGCAAUCUACCUGGGCGCCGCCGCCUGCGUGCCCUCGGCGGACGUGUGCACGAGGCUGAGGACCGGCGCCCUGGAGCGCCGCGACGAGGGCAGCGGCGCGUGGCACCCGUGCACCGCGCUGCUGGACGAGGAGCACUUCUGGUACUCGCUCGCCGCGAGCGGCGAGGACGGCGGCGGGGUGGGCGGCGGCAUGGCGCACCUGACGCUCCUCGACUGCGAGCAGGGCCCCGAGGCGGAGGACAAGCGCGUCUUUCGCCUGGCCGCCAGGGGCGGCGGCGCCCUCGAGCUUCGCGCCCGAUCCACGAGCGAGCGGAGCUCGUGGCUGCGGGCGAUCACGCGGCAGGCGACUCUCGUCAAGGAGCGCGCCCUGCUGGCGCAGGCCGAGCGCACGCUGGCGGCGCUGGAGCGGCGGUCAGCCGAGGCGCAGCUGGCGCGGCUGGAGGCCCUGCGGCGGCUGCCGGACCUGCUGGAGGUCGAGGAGGCGCGCGAGCUGUUCCUUCAGUUCGCCCGCGCCGAGCACGCGCGCUCGCGCGGGCGUGCGGGCGCCGAGGCCGCGGGCGGCGCUGGCGGCUGGCCGGAGGCCGUGACGCGCGAGGCCCUGGAGGCCUGCCUCGAGAAUGGUGGAGGCGACUCCGGCGACGCGGCCUGGGAGUUCGCCAGGGGCGACCUGCUCAGGCGCUUCCGCGCCCACCCCGCCGUGCGCUGCCGCAUGUGCCGCAUCGCCGCGGGCAUGGGCCCGCGGCUGGGCGGGGCGGCCAUGGGCGCCCCUCGGGAUGCGCCCGGCGCGCUGGCAGAAGACCCGCGGCCAGGCGCCAAGGGGAGAGGUGCACGGGCCGCCCCGGCCCCCAUCUGCACCGAGGAGGACCCAGCCGCCAAGCCGGCGCACCGCAGUCGCUGCUGCUGGUGCCCCUUCCUGCCGAACCAGGGGCGGCCGCACCAUCGGCCGGCGACCGCGUCGCCAGCGACGGUGCAGAGGGGCAAGGCGAAGGCGUGGCUCGCGGAGGAAGCCGCCAGCUUUACGCGGGCGCGCCAGGAGACGCGGCAGGCCGCGAUCGACACGGGCGGGGCGCGCCGCGGCUUCUCGCUGGAGCCGAACGGCGACCGGCGCAGGACUAGGUCCUGGCUGUUCGCGAAGGGCGGCAGCCUCGAGUCGAUCGAGAGCCUGCAGCCCCUCGAGGAGGAGAGCCUGCCGCCCUUGGAGGACUCGGCGCUUCUCGCCGCCCUGGUGGCACAGGGCCCCCGGCGGGUGCCCGCGGGCGCCGGGCCGCCCGUCGGCAGGUGCUCCCCGUGGCCGCGGCUGGACACCCCCUCGAGCAGCGGACCAGGACGCGCCCGUGGACUGGCCCUUGGGCCACAUGCGAACCCUACCCCUACCCCCCUCGAUUUCUGA